GCAGAGCAAUAUCCGUUCGUAAUGAUUCAGAUUGUAGUGCAGAUUGCUGUUAAAAUUCGCUGUUUAUUGCGAUCAAGCUUUUUUGACGGCUGAACCAUUACUCUGAUUGUCGUUGUUGUGAAAUCUGAUCAGUGUGUUAUACGAAAGAUUGUCAGUGUGGAACGGGACAUGAAGCACUCCUCGGUAGCGGAGAAGCGCUGCGCCAAGACGCAGAACACCAAACACACGGAGCAUUCCUCCGUCUGGCAUGCCUUCCGUCUGCACUUUAGCAACAGCGCCAGCAAACGGCCGGGCUACGUGGAGGGACCGUGGUUUGUGUCGCCCACCGCGCUCUCCGCACGGGCGGCCGCCCCUCACCCCUCCACAUCGCAGGAUACUCCGGCCGCCUCCUCCCCUGGCAAGUCCCCCAAGAAGGCCUCGCGUUCCUUCCCCGCGGGACGCAUCGAAGGACCUUGGUUCUCCACACAACAACAGGCGUUGGAGAGUGAACUGCGCGAGGCCAUCGAGAAUGCUGACGAGGAGGAGGAGAGGGCCUGCGGCGGGCCGCCGCUGCACCCGCCCGUCGACGACGACACCCUGGACAUCCCGUCGUCCUGCUCCUCCCCCACGGCCUCCCCGCCCCUUCCCCGGCACCCCAACGUCUUCUCGCACAUGCCCAUGUCCUUCCCGCGCGUCCCCAUCGACCCCGCGGACCGCAUCAGCACCCCCGAGUUCCUGGAGGCCUGCCGGCAGAUGCUGACCAUCCUGGAGCUGCUGGGCGGCCGCGCUCUGGCCCCCGUCAAGGCCGACGUCCUGGGCAACGUCGGGAAGUUGCAGCGCGCCGCGGAGGAGGCGCCGGAAGUGGGCGGCACGGUGCAGGGCCUGUUGGAGGGGGAGAUGCAGCGGCACGGGAUUGUGGAGGGGCAGUUGACGGCGGCCAGUGAUGCGUUGAUGUGGCUGAAGCGGACGUUGGGGUUUGUGGCGGAGUUGUUGAAGGAGCUGCUGGAGACGGAGGCCGAGCCGCGGGAGUGCGCCGGGCGGGCGUAUAAACGGACGCUGCAGCCGCAGCAUAAUCUGCUGGUGCGGACCGCGUUUCAGGUGGCCAUGUACGCGUUGCCGUCGCGGCGGGACUUCCUGGCGGCGCUGCUGUACGGCCGUGACAAGGCGGAGGACGCCGCGGCCGUGCGCGAGCUGCUGGACAGCGCGGCGGCCUACCACGUCGCGCUGCACCGCCUGGUCAGCAUCUUGGACGCAUUCUACGCCCGGCACAAGCUGCCCAGCUAACCAAAAAAAUAUUAAAAAAAGUUAUUAAAAAUAUAAAAAUGAAAAAUCAUUGAUUUGUUUCUAGUUUCCGUGGAUGGUGUCCGCUGUUGUUGUUGUGUGUGUGAUUUGUGAUGCUGCUUGUGUGGCGUUGAAAGGAACAAUCAACAUGUCCCGGCUGUGUACGGAGUGGUGAGAUUUUUCCAUUUAAAUGAUCUGUUUUGUGCAGAAAUGUGCGCCGCUGAUGUUAUAUAAAUAAUAAAAAACAUCGUUAUACCGCUGUUAAUUAGAUUUUGGCGACGGUAAUGAUUUUAUUUUUAUUUUACUUACCUUUUUUUAAUUUUAUGGUGGCAUUAAGUGAUUCCGUUUUAUCAGAAUGGUAUUAAUUUUAUACAAUACAUCUGUUGGUGAAGAAUGUGGGCCGCUGAUGUUAUAUAAAUAAAAAACAUCAUUAUACCGGUGUUGAUUUUAUUUUUUGCCGCGGCUGAUGUG